AGGAUAUAGUUAGUGGGCGCGGCGCCGCUGGUCCCACUCGCUGCCUAGACGUCGAGCAGGAGCGCCGGAGCUAGUAACAAGCUUGCACGGAUAACAAACAUCUGCCGAAAUGUGUGACGACGACGUUGCUGCUCUGGUUGUGGACAAUGGCUCCGGCAUGUGCAAGGCCGGCUUCGCCGGAGACGACGCUCCCCGCGCCGUCUUCCCGUCCAUCGUCGGCAGGCCCCGCCAUCAGGGUGUGAUGGUGGGUAUGGGUCAGAAGGACAGCUACGUUGGUGAUGAGGCCCAGUCCAAGAGAGGUAUCCUCACCCUGAAGUACCCCAUUGAGCACGGCAUCAUCACCAACUGGGACGACAUGGAGAAGAUCUGGCAUCACACCUUCUACAAUGAGCUGCGUGUGGCCCCCGAGGAGCACCCCAUCCUGCUCACCGAGGCUCCCCUCAACCCCAAGGCCAACCGCGAGAAGAUGACCCAGAUCAUGUUUGAGACCUUCAACACCCCCGCCAUGUACGUCGCCAUCCAGGCCGUGCUGUCCCUGUACGCUUCCGGCCGUACCACUGGUAUUGUGUUGGACUCUGGUGAUGGCGUCUCCCACACCGUCCCCAUCUAUGAAGGUUAUGCUCUGCCCCACGCUAUCCUGCGUCUGGACCUGGCUGGCCGCGAUCUCACCGACUACCUGAUGAAGAUCCUGACUGAGCGCGGUUACAGCUUCACCACCACUGCCGAGCGUGAAAUCGUGCGCGACAUCAAGGAAAAGCUGUGCUACGUCGCCCUGGACUUCGAGCAGGAAAUGGCCACCGCCGCCGCCUCCACCUCCCUGGAGAAGUCCUACGAGUUGCCCGACGGCCAGGUCAUCACCAUUGGCAACGAGCGUUUCCGCUGCCCCGAGGCCCUCUUCCAGCCUUCCUUCCUGGGUAUGGAAUCUUGCGGCAUCCAUGAGACCGUCUACAACUCUAUCAUGAAGUGCGACGUCGACAUCCGUAAGGACCUGUACGCCAACACUGUCCUGUCCGGUGGCACCACCAUGUACCCCGGUAUUGCUGACAGGAUGCAGAAGGAAAUCACCGCCCUGGCUCCCAGCACCAUCAAGAUCAAGAUCAUCGCUCCCCCUGAGAGGAAGUACUCCGUCUGGAUCGGCGGCUCCAUCUUGGCUUCCCUGUCCACCUUCCAGCAGAUGUGGAUCUCCAAGCAGGAGUACGAUGAGUCCGGCCCUGGCAUUGUGCACCGCAAGUGCUUCUAAGCGGCAACACCCACCAGCAGCGGCGACGGCAGAAACUACCACCCAUGGAAACAGCGAGAACGCCGAUACCAUCUUUCAAACAUUCACAUUAAUACCAAUGAUUUUUAUAAUCAAAACAAACAUCUUAAUGUACAAAUACUGUGACUGAAUAUUGUAACAACAUGGCAAUAAAUUAAUUAUAUUACUAUUAUAUUAC